AUGAAUGAAUUUAUGAAUACAAAGAAAGAAUAAACAAAAGAAAAAAGAAAGAAAGACAAAACAAAUUAAAGAAAACAAAAGAAAAGAGAAAUAAAGCUCGUUGUUGUGAUUUGUAGCGGUUACAGCAGCGCCCCCGCUGGGUGACUGAUUGAACUACAGUUUACUAUGCAGCACCGGAAAGCAGUAGGGAGAGAAGAGCACAGACCGGAGCUAAGUUAGCUUAGCUUGUUUUUAUACAUAUUUAAAUAUACAUAAACGGACUGAACUAAUAAAAGAAGUAAUAAAAGAGGAAGAUGCCGGCGGUUUCUAAAGGAGACGGGAUGCGGGGACUGGCUGUUUUUAUCUCCGAUAUCAGAAACUGUAAAAGUAAAGAGGCCGAGAUCAAACGAAUAAACAAAGAGCUGGCCAACAUUCGCUCCAAAUUUAAAGGAGAUAAAGCUCUGGACGGUUACAGUAAGAAGAAAUACGUGUGUAAGCUGCUCUUCAUCUUCCUGCUGGGUCACGACAUCGAUUUCGGCCACAUGGAGGCCGUCAACCUGCUCAGCUCCAACAAGUACACCGAGAAACAGAUCGGUUACCUGUUCAUUUCGGUGCUGGUGAACAGUAACAGCGACCUGAUCCGCCUCAUCAACAACGCCAUCAAGAACGACCUGAGCAGCCGGAACCCCACCUUCAUGAACCUGGCGCUGCACUGUAUCGCCAACGUGGGCAGCAGGGAGAUGGCGGAGGCCUUCGCCUCAGAGGUGCCGCGUAUCCUGGUGGCAGGCGACACAGUGGACAGCGUGAAGCAGAGCGCGGCUCUUUGUUUAUUAUGCCUCAACAGGACGUCGCCCGACCUCAUCCCCAUGGGCGAGUGGACGUCCCGCGUGGUGCACCUUCUCAACGAUCAGCACCUGGGAGUCGUAACGGCGGCCACCAGCCUCGUCGUCACUCUGGCUCAGAAGAACCCGGACGACUUCAGGACCGCCGUUUCUCUCUCCGUGGCUCGACUCAGCAGGAUCGUUACGUCGGCAUCCACAGACCUGCAGGAUUACACCUAUUAUUUCGUGGCUGCACCGUGGCUGUCGGUCAAACUGCUCCGCCUGCUGCAGUGCUACCCACCGCCAGAGGAUGCAGCCAUACGAGGGCGCCUCACCGAAUGUCUGGAGACCAUCCUGAACAAAGCUCAGGAGCCUCCCAAAUCCAAAAAAGUGCAACACUCGAACGCCAAGAACGCCGUGCUGUUCGAGGCCAUCGGCCUCAUCAUCCACCACGACAGUGAGCCCACGUUGUUGGUGCGAGCCUGUAAUCAGUUGGGUCAGUUCCUCCUGCACAGAGAGACGAAUCUACGCUACCUGGCUCUGGAGAGCAUGUGCACUCUGGCCAGCUCGGAAUUUUCCCACGAGGCCGUGAAAACUCACAUAGAAACCGUCAUCAAUGCCCUGAAGACCGAGCGUGACGUGAGCGUACGGCAGCGCGCCGUGGAUCUGCUCUACGCCAUGUGCGACCGCAGUAACGCCAAGCAGAUCGUUGCCGAGAUGCUCAGCUACCUCAAGACGGCGGAUUACUCCAUCAGAGAGGAGAUCGUGCUGAAGGUGGCCAUUCUGUCGGAGAAGUACGCGGUGGAUUACACCUGGUACGUGGACACCAUCCUGAGCCUGAUCCGAAUCGCUGGGGAUCACGUGAGCGAGGAAGUUUGGUACCGGGUCAUCCAGAUCGUCAUCAACCGCGAUGACGUGCAGGGAUACGCUGCCAAAACUGUCUUCGAGGCUCUGCAGGCUUCAGCCUGUCAUGAAAACCUGUUGAAGGUAGGAGGCUACAUCCUGGGCGAGUUCGGAAACCUUAUAGCGGGAGAUACGCGCUCUAGUCCGCUCAUUCAGUUUAACCUGCUGCACUCCAAGUUCCACCUGUGUUCGGUUCCCACUCGGGCGCUGCUGCUCUCGGCUUACGUGAAGUUCAUCAACCUGUUCCCCGAGGUGAAGGGCACCAUACAGGAGGUGCUCCGCUCGGACAGUCAGCUCCGGAACGCCGACGUGGAGCUGCAGCAGCGUGCGGUGGAGUACCUGCGCCUCAGCUGCAUCGCCAGCACCGACAUACUGGCCACCGUGCUGGAGGAGAUGCCCCCGUUUCCCGAGAGAGAGUCCUCCAUUCUGGCCAAGCUGAAGAAGAAGAAGGGAUCGGUGUCCGCUCCCGAGGCGGAAGAAAAUCGGAAGGAGCGCAAUGUUAGCGUGAACGGGAACGGGAACAGCGAUCACGCCGCGGCUACGACUAACGCAAAGCCGUCUCCUCCCUCUCUCCUUUCUGAGGUCCUGGCCGAUGCCGCGCUCCCCAUCACCAGGCCGCGCCCGGUCCGCACCUCCUCCACUCUGAGCGCUCCCCUCACCCCUCUAUCGCUCCAGGCUUGUGUACUUCACACCUCUGCCGCGCCCUCCUUCUACCACCAGCAGGUGGCCUCGUCUCCCUCCUCAGAUCUCCUGAAUUUGGGGAACAGCGCGGCCUUGAACUUCAGCGCCAGUCCUCCUUUCGCUUCCAACGCCGCCAGUCUGCUGGUGGAUGUCUUUUCUGAAAACUUGGGCACUGCCAGUCCGGGUUCCUCAGGUUCACCCGUCAUCGAGGACAACUUCAUAAGGUUUGUGUGUAAGAACAACGGAGUUCUGUAUGAGAAUCAGCUCCUGCAGAUCGGACUCAAGUCCGAGUUCCGGCAGAACCUGGGUCGGAUGUACGUGUUCUACGGAAACAAAACCUCGACACAGUUCCUAAACUUCUCAGCAUCAGUGGUGUGCCAGGAUAAUCUCGACAGUCAGCUGAACGUUCACACUAAAGCGGCGGAUCCGGUGUUAGACGCUGGAGCUCAGCAGCAGCAGGUCCUCAACAUCGAGUGUUUAUCUGACUUCGAGGGGGCACCGGUGCUCAAUAUUCAUUUCAGGUAUGGAGGCAGCAUGCAGAGCAUCUCCGUCAGGCUUCCUGUCACGCUCAACAAGUUCUUCCAGCCCACAGAAAUGAAGUCUCAGGAAUUCUUCCAGCGCUGGAAACAGCUCGGCGCUCCUCAGCAGGAGGUGCAAAAGAUCUUCAAGGCAAAGCACUCCAUGGACCCCGAGAUCACCAAAGCUAAGAUUAUCGGGUUUGGAACAGCGCUGCUGGACGGAGUCGACCCGAAUCCAACCAAUUUCGUGGGUGCCGGAGUGAUUCACACGAAAACGAUACAGGUCGGCUGUCUGAUCAGAGUAGAACCCAACAUACAGGCACAGAUGUACCGGCUGACGUCGAGGACCAGUCGGGAGUCGGUGUCGCGGCGCCUCUGCGAGCUGCUCUCGGAACAGUUCUGAUCUCCGCCUCAUCCUUCUGAACUUUAGUCUGUUCUUCCUCCCUGAGCUCCGCCCCCUUCGUUACUCGCAUUACCGUCCCUGGUAUUAACUCAGUGUACAGUGUAAAUGUCUUAUAAUGCUUUUAUUUUUUACUCUGGUAUAUAAGUGUCCUUUUUGUCUCCCUUCUCCAGUGUUUAGACCCCCGGAUCUAAACGAGGGGCUUUUUUAUGUUUCCUAUCACUGUAUUAUAUUGAUAUUUUGGGGGGGGGGGGGGUGAUUACAGCUAGAGGACAGCUAGAACUGGAUCGGUUCGGGCGGGACUGUCAGUAUUUUUUGAUCCUGUGUAGAACGGAUUAUACUUUAAUUUAAAAUAAGCCAGUAUUGAAGAAUCGACUCUCGUCUUUCUAACGUUUGUACACCUCGGCUCGGCCACUGCCAGCUCUUCACGUGCCUUCCUCCUGAAUGUAGCUGCCGGCGUCUCAGCAUGCUCCACUACCAACUAUACCAACUAGACGGUUUAACGUCCAUUAAACUACAUCCUGAUACCCAU